AGACCAGACUGUGUUUUUUUCACGGAGAGACUUUCAACAUUGAGUAAAAGCAUUUGCUGUUCAGACUGAAUUUGAGCGACCUGUGUGGACUUGUUACUGAGCAGUCAUGGCGUUCGUUCCUCAAACAAAGUACACUCACUUUCGGAGUGAAUCUCUAAGCUCAACAGAGGACCCCACCUCCCCUCUCACCCCACCAGGGUUACCCUCCUCCCUCUCCUCCUCCUCUCUCACGCCAAUCUUACCCCCCUCCUCCCCACGGCCGACUGAGGACAGCCCCACCACUCUCUGCUCCUUCUUCCCCAGUAUGGGAGCCCUCCGACUGGGUGUUUCUGCCACUCUGCUCCCAGGCCUGAAGGCCUCCAGCAGGCCUCGGCAGGCUCAGUCCUCUGUCCUGACCCCUAGGGGUGAGAGGUCAUGGUCCAGUUCCCCUCCUCCCCUUCCCUCUCUAAUUCCCCCCUCUCCACCCCCUCGCCCCCCCCUGCAGGACAUGAACCGGCUGGGAGGGGCGUCCAGGCGGGCGCGGGUGGAAGGGGGGCAGCUGGGGGGGGAUGAGUGGACCAGACAUGGCUCCUUCGUCAACAAGCCCACCCGUGGCUGGCUGCACUCUGACAGCCUGGUCAGCACCUCCGGGGUCUCCUACACCGUACGGUACAUGGGCUGCGUGGAGGUCCUGCAGUCGAUGAGGGCGCUGGACUUCAGCACCAGGACUCAGGUCACCAGAGAGGCCAUCUCCGUGGUGUGUGAUGCAGUGCCUGGAGCUAAAGGAGCUCAACGCAGGAGAAAGCCCUCUCCUCGCUGCCUGUCAUCCAUCCUAGGGAAGAGUAACCUCCAGUUUGCAGGCAUGACCAUCACCCUGACAGUGUCAACCAGCAGCCUCAACCUGCUGGCGUCCGACUGCAAACAGAUCAUCGCCAAUCAUCACAUGCAGUCCAUAUCUUUUGCCUCUGGAGGAGACCCUGACACAGCAGAGUACGUAGCAUACGUGGCCAAGGAUCCUGUCAACCAGAGAGCAUGUCACAUCUUGGAGUGCCCCGAGGGCUUGGCCCAGGAGGUCAUUAGCACCAUCGGCCAGGCCUUCGAACUGCGCUUCAAACAGUACCUGAAGAACCCCCCCAAACUAGUGACCCCCCACGACCGGAUGGCCCCGUUCGACGGCUCCGCUUGGGAGGAGGAGGAGGAGGAGGGGGCCCAGCCCCCCGAGGUGCCCCAGCCCCCCGAGGUGCCAUACUAUAAUAACUUCCCUGGGAAGCAGCCGCCUCCAGGGGGGCUGGUGGACAUGAGGACCCGCCCAGUGGCCACGCUGCCCUAUGGACAGCCAGGUCAGAAUGAUAUCCACAAGCAGCCUCUGCCUCCCUUACCAGUGGGAGCUAAGGAGGGAGGGAGGGACCUUUUUGACGAUCCCUCGUACGUCAACGUGGACAAACCCCGCCCCCUAGCAGCUGCAGCCAAUGGGAACGCUCACAGAGACGCUUUUGACAUGAAGCCGUUUGACGACGCCCUGGGUGUGGCGGGCCCCGGGGCCCCUGCGGCGGGCUGCGUGGCAGGCUGCGUGUCUGCAGCGCCCCCUCUGGUGGAGCAGCUUCAGUACGAGGCCUGGUUCCACGGGAGCCUGAGCCGUCGGCAGGCAGAGAGGCUGCUGGGACGUGACGGGGACUUCCUGGUGAGGGAGUCAGGGACCACCCCGGGGCAGUACGUCCUCACCGGCCAGCAGGGGGGGCAGCCCAAACACCUGCUGCUGGUGGACCCUGAGGGAGUGGUUCGUACCAAAGACCAUCGUUUUGAGAGUGUGAGCCACCUGAUCAGCUACCACAUGGACAACAGACUGCCCAUCGUGUCAGCAGGGAGUGAAGUGUGUCUGCAACAGCCUGUGGAGCACAUGGCCUGAACACACACACACACACGCACACACACGCACACACACACACACGCGCACGCACGCACGCACGCACACACACACACACGCACACACACACGCACACGCACACACACACACACCACACACACGCACACACACAC